AUGUAUAUAUGUGUACACAUUUUACGAAUCACAACGAAUUUAUUGAAACGCGUGCCUUUCGCAUUCGGAGGCAGGUCGCACAUUUCAUAUGCCACACAUAUGCAGUAUAAUACAUAUAGACACACACACACACACCACACACACACACAAGAGCACACGGGGAUCGUACGAACAGCUGCUAAACCGCUACAGAUAAUCAGAUACAGAUACAUAUACUAGAAGUAUUUAUAAGCGCGUUCGCUCUCCUCUUCUUCGUCUUGCGUUCGGUUCAGUUCAGUUUCUAAAUUGAGGCGCUUUUUACAGUUAACUUUCGCUUUUUUUGCUGUGCGCUGCGUUCACAUUUGCUUUCGCUUUCUCGCAUAAGAAAUUCUUUGCACUGCCCACGAUCGGGCGCCAGAAAUAGCCCAAAAAAUCGAAAAAGCCAUCGGGCCGGGUUCCAAUCUAAACGAAACCGUUUUUUUUGGUUUCUUAACAAAUUGAAAGCUGCAACAGACGCCGCAACACGCCAAACACAACAGCAGCAACAACAACAUCGUCAACAUCAAAAGCUAGGCAAUGCCCACGCAGCAUACAAGAUCGCAGGACGAGCUGGCGGCGGCCAAUGCGCUCGUGUCCAAGCAUCCGGCUAACAAGCCGGAAGCGGACGCUGGCGAGGAGGAGGAGGAAGAGGAUAUUGAUACGGCAGCGGUUGUGGUGCCGCCGGAUAGCGGCUGGGCCUGGGUGGUAAUGGUUGCCUCCUUCCUCUGCUGCACGGUCAUCGACGGCAUCGUCUUCUGCUCGGCCAUCAUUCAGAAUGACCUCAUCAACGAGUUCCAUGUGAGCAAGUUCUAUGUGACCUUCGUCUCCUCGCUGCUCAGCGGCUGCUAUCUGAUGGCCGGUCCGUUUGUUAGCGCCUUGGCCAAUCGUUUUGGCUUCCGUCCGGUGACCAUUGCCGGCGCCAUCUUUGCCUCGAUCUGCUUUGGCCUCUCGUACUAUGCGACCAGUGUGGAGUUCCUGUUCAUCGUGUAUGGCGUGCUGGGCGGCAUUGGCUUCUGCAUGGUCUAUAUACCUGCCGUGGUCAUCAUUGGUUUCUACUUUGAGAAGUAUCGCGCACUGGCAACGGGUGUAGCGCUCUGCGGCUCCGGCGUGGGCACCUUUGUCUUUGCCCCGCUGACCGAAGUGCUGCUCCAGAAGACCGGCUGGCGCAUGACGCUGGCCAUACAGGGACUGAUGAUCCUGUCGUGCGCCGUCUUUGGCCUCGCCUUCCGUCCCAUUCAGCCCAUUACGCUGGGCGUUACCAAGGACGGAACUGUCAUCGACGACGAGGAGAAGACCAAGCUGAAUGGCCACGGCAAUACGGUGGCUCCGACACCGCAGCUGCAUCAGGCGGCGUUCACGAAGCCGCUGCCGGAGGGUCGCUUCGCCUACUCGAUGCCCAACUCGGCGCACAACACCUACAUGGGCGCCUCGCAGCGUCAUCAUUACCCGACGGCGGCCGAGAUCUUUAAGGGCAUGAAUCUGGAGCGUCGACCAUCGGGCCAGGCCAGCAAGGGCACCGAGCUGAAGCAGCUGCGCAAGUCACAGCCAACCACGCCCAAUGGAGAUCCACAGCAGCUGACCUUCAAUCUGCACAAGGAGCUGACCACCGUGGGCGAGAACGAGGAGGAGGCCGAGAACGAUAAUCUGCUGGAGACGGAGGCCAAGCCGGCCAGCAUACAAGCGCGCCGGCACACCGUGUCGGGCCGUCGGCCACAGGAUCUGGCCAAGCGCGGCGCUGGCGGCGCCCAUGAGCAGGCCCAUCAUCCGGGCCAGUCGCAGUCCUCGUCGCGUCCCAUGUACAGAGAUGACAUCUUCUUUACGGGCUCGCUGACACGCAUACCGCAAUACCAGUCGCAGACCUCGCUAGCCUACCACAUGUCCGUCACUCGGCUGCCCACCAAGCAGGAUAUGCUGGAGGACAGACAGAAGGGAUGCCGCAUCUGUCCGGAGGCCGUGCGUCGCACGCUCUCCACCAUGCUGGACACCAGCCUGCUCAAGUCGCCGGCUUUCAUGUGCCUGGCCUUCAGCGGUUUCCUGACCAUGAUGGGCUUCUUUGUGCCCUUCUCCUUUCUGACGGAUCGCGCCGUCGCCGGCGGCAUGGACAAGGAUUCGGCUGUUUCCAUCAUUUCCGGCAUUGGCAUGAUCAACACGAUCGCUAGGAUUGUCUGCGGCUCGAUGAGCUCCUUCCCCAGCGUCAAGCCGCUGUGGCUCAACAAUGUCGCGCUCACCGCCGGCGGCCUGGCCACCAUCUUCAGCGGCGUGGUCAUCAAUGCCACCACCCAAUGGUCGUUCGCUGUGCUCUUUGGCAUAUGCAUUGCCUGCUUCUCGGCGCUGCGCUCCCUGAUUGCCGUCGAGCUGAUUGGCCUGGACAAGCUGACCAAUGCAUUCGGCUUCCUGAUGCUCUUCCAAGGUCUCGCCGCCACCAUCGGCAGUCCCAUAGCGGGCGCCUUGUAUGCGGCCACCAAUAGCUACAAUGUGGCCUUUUACUUUGCCGGCGGCCUCAUCCUGCUGUCCGCCUUCCUGUGCUAUCCGCUGACCUACAUCUCCAACUGGGAGCAGCGGCGCAAUGCCAAGCACGAGCCGCUGCCCACGGCCUAAAAAAUGGUAGCAGCAGCAGCAAAAAAAAGAACCCAGGCGACAAUAAAUGAUAACGCUCCAUUUGUCCCAUUAAGUGGUUAGUUUAACACUAAUUGCCAAUCACUCGAUCUUGUUGAACAGCAGUUGAGAAGAAGAAGCAGUAGCAGUAGCUGAAAAACCAGCUGAAAAAGUAACUGAAGAAGCAGCGAAAAGCGAACAUGCUUGAAGCAUGUACUUGAUAUGUCGUAUUUGUCUAGAUCUAGAUUAGGUAGCCUUAGUCUAAGUGUAAUGUUUGUGCCUUUUGCUUUAUCGAGUGCCUCGCCUCAAUCUAAACACACACCAACACACACACACACACACACAGUACAUGCCUAGAUCAAGCUUUAUUUAUUAUAGAUUGAUCAAUUUGUAACUAAACAUUUUUUCUACAUAUACUAUAACACAUAUAUAACAUGUUCAAUCUUAAGUACUCACCAUGUUGAUGGGUGUGCCGGAAAACUAAGAUGAUGAUGAGCAUAAUGAUGAUAACGAUGAUGAUGAUGAUAUAUAUAUAUCAUAUUUAGCAGCUGAGCACAUGGCUGGGCCACAAUUCGACUGCCAAUUUAAGAGAUGAGGACGUUGCAUUUGUUUAAUUCAAUAAGUUCGACUAACUAAAUUGUUAGCUACUGCUCCAGACUUGUUACAUAGUUUGUACAUAUCUAAGUUCUAGUUUGUAAGCCAAACACACACACACACACACCUUGCUGUUGUUGUUGUUGUUGUUGUUGUUGUUAUUGUUGAGGUCAUUGCACCCAACUAUCCAAAUCCAACUUCAGAACGCCUCGUUGGCUGAUUAUGAAAAACAAACAAAACCUGGAAAAUGUGUGUUGCUCUGGCACACACACAUCUAAAUAUAUAUACACAUACAGAUAGAUAGUUAUACACAUACUCAAGCAAGUUAUGUAAAAACAUUAACUGAUAUACUAUAUAGUAUAUAUAUAUACUAUAAGAAAAAGAAGAGAAGAAAACAACACAGCAGACUAUACGAGUAGUUAUCUUUUAUCUAUCUAGUUUAUUUAACAGUUAUAUACAUUUUACAACAAACAAAAAACAACAUUUAGGUAAUUUACAAAAUUUAAAAAUAUGCGUUUUUAUUUUAAAA